UGAGGCUCCGCGCGAAGCUUGCUGCUGCGAGCUGCCAACUUUCUACCACUAACUAACUAGUUACUGGUUGCACCGGCGACACCACUCUUCUCUCUCACCACGCCUAAUUCCACACCGCACACACUCGCUUUGCUGCAGCAUCACUGGAGUCGAAUCCGAAACUGCGCAUCGUCGCUGCAAUACCAUCGAGGACCCUGACCACGACGCGACGACCGUUCCGCGAACCUCGAGAAUCGCAGCCGCGCGAUAGGUCGCCCGGCUCAGCCUUUCGUCGCGAUCGACGACGGCUUCGACCACCUCGCGACCUUCGAAGGAGAACAACGCUUCUUCUUCGUGAAGCACAAUCGCCAUGUCGCAAUACGGGAGAUUUCACGACUUUUGUCGUGAUAGUGGAAGCGGAUAUGCGACGAUACCAGUCUGCAACCUAUUCUUGGAGUCGCGUGCUCGCGGAGGACAAGCACCGUAUUUUGGCGGAUGUCAGCUCACGGGCAUCCCUCUGAGCGGUGACCGCUAUCUUGCGAACUUGGGUUCGAUACUGGUGGCUGGAAUCGCAAUUCUGACAUCGCUAUUCCUGCUAUGGCGGUCUGAUAGGAAGAGAGCCGCUGUCGGCAGAAGAGAAAUGCAAUUCUUCCUCCUUGGCUUCAUCAUCAUCAUGAUUUGCGAGAUCUUCACUGUGGGAGGCUUUCCCUUGGAUGGAGCUGUGCGACGAGGCUUUUCAGCUGUACACAUCGCCGCUGUGGUAGCGACGACCUGGAUCCUUCUCAUGAACGGCGCAGUUGGAUAUCAACUAAUUGAUGAUGGAACACCUCUCUCACUGGCACUGAUUUUCGGCUCUGCCGCAGCCUUCUUCGUUGGCACCGGAUACAUUGCCUUCGAUACUGGCUUCAAUUGGACCGGAUACUGGAACGACACGCUGACAGAUCCCAACCAAGCCUACGCGCUGUACACCCUGUACCAAUUGGUUCCGCUGGUCUUCUUGGUGAUCUUUUUCAUCCUGGAGGCUGUGCUUGUGCUCAAGGUCCUUGGCGAGAAGCGUCCAAUGCUGUUCUUGGUCGCUGCGGCCCUGCUCUUUGCCAUCGGCCAGAUCUUCCAGUACGUGAUUAGCGUGCACAUCUGUGAAGGCACCGAUGGUAAGAUCAACGGAGGACUAUUCGAGACAUUGUUCACCUUCCUCGCCGUCGUUACGAUAUGGACAUUCUGGUCAAGCAUAACGGAGGACGACUGGCCGAUGCCGACGACAAGUGGCGGCAGUACAUACACUUGAUGUUUUGGGUCUGGGUAAUAUGGAUGAUAGAUCAUCCAGCUUUUUGUUUCAUCGCAAGCGUCGGCGACGCUCUCUGCAGUCUCUCCAUACAGCACUGCUGUAGGAUGCUGAGCAGCUCUCGUGGCCAUGCACGGCUUCCGUCGCAGGAUAAGAUUGGGGAGCAAGCGUGGGCGUUGACGAAAUCUACGAAGUAAUGUGUGUGCAUAGCAAGCGAGACGUGAGAUAUCCCAUACGCGUUGAAUCCGAGAGAUGUAAUAAUGC